AUAUCCCUGUCAUCCAGCAGGUGGCAGUAAUGUAACCCCAUUAAACGCAGCUUCCUUUAAACCUAAAAGAAGAAGAGCCUUCCCCUGUUGUGUUACCAAACAUCCGCCGCCUCUUUAAUGUCAUUUACUGUAACAUCGCCUGCUUUAGCUGAGGAUUGAAAGAAGAAAAGCCAACCGACUGUGGACAAAAUGCUCUCUCGUAUGUUAGUGUAUCUCGUCAACAAUCUCCAGGUCAUUGAGAAGUUGGCGGAGUCUCGUCCGAUCCGCAGGGCAGCCCAGAUUACAGCCUAUGCCCUCACCAAGGCUCAGAUCAUCGGCCAGGACACGUCUGAGCGAGUCAUGCGGUCCCAGACCCUGCGGCAGGUCCGACAGGAAGCCGGCAGAGUCCCCGGUGACCUGGAGGAGGCGGGCAAGCGCUUACGGAGAGUCCGGGAAACGUUCGUCAAGGAGGUGAAGGACGGGUGGAAGGAUGGCUCCAGGCAGAUCAAGAAAUAAGGAGGACUGGAGUGUUUAUAGGUUGACAUUUGUUGGUUAUUGACAGUUUUGGUCUGAAUGACUGAAGAUCAAUGUGUGAACAAUCUGCCUCAACAAUGCAUAAAAUAAGCUGCCAAGCAGGACUGGUUGGCACCAACUGCUUUUGUUUUAGGAUAAACUACGCUUCUUUGAAAACACUUGAAAACUAAAGAGCGUUUAUUUUAUUUAAAACGAAAGAAACCAUGGAAAAACAAAACCUGGAAGAUCAACUUAAGUGUGUCCAUCACAUUUUAUUCACACUUUAAUAAUUUAAACAUCAUCAAAUGCCUUGAUGUUGAGAAUUUUCUGACAAUAUUCAUUAGUAGCUUCCUAUUGCAACACAAGUGUUUUUGCUCAUUAUUCUCUCCCACUGUGCAAUUCAGAAACUGCUUUGCUGCCAAAGAGCUGUAGCUCUGUACUUGUAAAACAUAUUCUACUGGACGUUUUUAGAUGUUUAAAUCUGUAUAUAUAUAGUAUGAAGUCAUCAUUGUUGUUUAAAUAAAUAAUCUGAUUUAUAACA